AUGGGUUGUUUCAACAGUAAUUCUUCUACCAUGUAUAAAGGUUGCUUCUCUUAUAAUAAUAAUAAUAUUUUUGUUGUUAAUAUUGAUGACAACAAUGUCCAAGCAAGAGUUGAGAAGAUAAAUCAAAAUGUUGCACGGAUAUACUUUGUGAACAACAAUGGUGUUGCAAUUUCCAUCCCAGCUUGU